AGGCCAUACUUCGGCCCUUGCCCUGACUUUCCUAGUUACCACUUUACAGAGAGAUAAGAUCCACCUAGUCGGACAGCCUCCAUCACUCAAUACCACCGCACCAGCAAUCAAUUUGCCGGGCACCGAUAAAAGGCACACAAACAAAGAUAGCCAGCCAGAUCUCUUGGCAGAAUGCCCUGGCUGUGGUUCUCUCGCCUGUCCUCUUUGUCUGAUCGUCCUAGCACCAACCACACAUAUGCUAUGGCACACCAUCACUAAUCAAAUACAUUGAGAUGUUUUUUGUUUUUUUUUUUGCACUGCAAUAUUGCAUGAAUCAUGAUCUGCAAAUCACAUGCCAUCUACUGUUUACAUCUUCUUUGCAGUCUUUUGUUGUUAUUGCGUUCAUGUCUUCACUAUUGUGCUGCCAGAGAUACCAUAACAGCAGGCAAUCCGAUCAACAGCACAAGUAACGAAACUCUCAUAUCAGACGGAAAAAGAUUCGAGCUCAGGUUCUUGAACAUUAGUGGACAGAGCAGCAGCAGAUAUGUAGGAAUACAGUAUUACACGUGGCGACCCCCAGAAAUUGUAUGGGUUUUCAACCGGGACAACCCACUACCUGAUUCCGCCACUGGUUUCUUUGGCAUUAAAAAUGGCAAUCUAGCUUUGUGGGAUGAAAGUGGAAAUUUUAACCUUUCCACCAGUCUCGGAAGCUCUCGUAGCACCGCCAAGCUUUUAGAUUCUGGGAAUUUGGUGGUGAGAGAUGAUCAAUCGGGAAAAAGUUUAUGGGAAAGCUUCAAUAAUCCAACUGAUACGUUUCUUCCUGGCAUGAAAAUGAAUGCGAACCUAAAGUUGACUUCAUGGAAAGGGCCCCACGACCCAACAACGGGCAACUUUACAUUCCAGCAGGAAGAAGAAGUUGAGAACGGUUACAUCGUUUUGAAAAGAGGUACAAUUUACUGGAAAAGCAGAGAGACAGGUAACUUCAAUAACUACAACUACUUGUAUGAUGCUGUGGCGGUAUUUCUAAAUCCUGUACCUGUCCGUAACAAUAGCAAUACUGUCCCUAACUAUACCAAUGCGAGGCUGUUAAUGAAUUCCUACGGGCAGGUUCAGUAUUUUAUUUGGAGGGAUAGUAAGACGGGAUCAUCAGGAUGGUCUUCGAUAUGGUCUGAGCCGCGUGACCGAUGCAGUGUUUAUAAUGCUUGUGGGAAUUUUGGUAGCUGCAAUAUAAACAACAACAAUAGGUGGUUAUGCAAGUGUUUGCCAGGGUUUGAGCCUACCUCACAGGAUCGUUGGGACUCUCAGGAUUUUUCUAGUGGGUGCACCAGGAAGUCAGCCAUAUGUGGUGGAGACAAGGAUAAUAAGGGAGGUGAUGAGAUGUUCUUGGACUUGACGAUGAUGAAAGUAGGGAAACCAGACAGCCCACUUUCAGAGGUAGAUGAGACGGUAUGCAGAAAGGAGUGUCUUGACAAUUGCCAAUGUCAGGCAUAUUCAUAUAAUGAAGCAACUAACACAAGGAGAGAUGGUCCCAGACAUGGCUGCUGGAUUUGGACGUCCGUUCUCAGUAACCUUCAGGAAGAGUAUGCUACAGAUGGCCACAACAUCUCCGUCCGCGUUGGGGCUUCAAGUAUAGGAUCAAUAAGCAGAAGUUGUGAGACUUGUGGCACGAACAUAAUUCCCUAUCCACUAAGUACAAGACCAAACUGUGGUGAUCCCAUGUACUUCAAUUUCUUCUGCAACUUCUCAACAGGCCAAGUUAGCUUCCGGACUCUAGGAGGCACCUUUCAGGUCAACAACAUCAAUCCAAAAACACAAAAGUUUGUCAUUGAAGUGAAAGAUAAAGAUUGUGGUGCUAGAAAUUCAAAAUAUCUACAGCUCAGUCCAGCAUCCCCUUUUCAUGCGCCUAACUUGUGCCAUAGUAAAAAACAAUCAAGAAAUGGCAAUGAAGUAGAGUUUGUUUGGAAUUCCCCACCGGAGCCACCUUGUACUUCAGCCAUAGAUUGCAAGGAUUGGCCUAAUUCAAGUUGCAAUGCGACAAGUGGUGGUAAAGGUUGGUGUCACUGCAAUGCAAACUAUCAAUGGAACAGGACAAUAGUAGCCUGUACACAAGUGGGCAAUAACCCUAUGCAAUCUGGAGGAUCUAGGCAAUUCGGAAGCUCUGAGAAGAAACAUAAGUCAAUUUCUUUGAAAACCAAAGUUAUUUUCAUAGUUGUGUUUUUCAUAAUUGUGCUAUUAUGCAUCAUUAGCUUGAUUUUCUGUAGAAGAAGAAUGGCAGCAAGAAGACGAGAAAGCAGAGAAAGAAGAGAGGGAAAUCAAGCGCUUCGGAUGUAUGACAUGGAAAGAAGUGUUAAAAACUUCUUAGAUUUGAGUGAAUUCAAAGAGGAGGAUAAAAAAGGCAUUGACGUACCUGUUUUUGACUUAGAAAGCAUAUUGGAGGCUACAAAUUACUUCUCAGAUGAAAAUAAGCUCGGACAAGGGGGAUUUGGGCCUGUUUACAAGGGUAAUUUCCCCGGAGGGCAAGAAAUCGCUAUAAAGAGAUUGUCAACUCAUUCAGGACAGGGCUUAGAAGAAUUUAAGAAUGAGGUUAUCUUGAUUGCCAAACUUCAACACAGGAAUCUUGUCAGGCUUUUGGGCUACUGCAUCGAAGGCGAUGAAAAGAUUUUACUUUAUGAGUAUAUGCCAAAUAAAAGCUUAGACACGUUCAUAUUUGAUCAAACAUUGUGCUUGUCAUUGGAUUGGAAGAAACGCUUCGAUAUCAUUUUGGGGAUUGCUCGUGGGCUUCUUUAUCUUCACCAAGACUCCAGGUUGAGGAUUAUUCAUAGAGAUUUGAAAACAAGCAAUAUUCUUUUGGAUGAAGAAAUGAACCCAAAAAUUUCAGACUUCGGCUUAGCAAGGAUAGUUAAGGGCGAAGAAACAGAGGCAAACACCAUAAGAAUUGUUGGAACAUAUGGUUAUAUGUCUCCCGAAUAUGCAUUAGAUGGAAUGUUUUCCGCAAAGUCCGAUGUUUUCAGCUUCAGAGUAAUUGUGCUUGAAAUUGUUAGUGGGAAAAGGAACACAGGAUUUUAUCAGUCCAAAGAAGCCCUGAACCUUUUAGGUUAUGCUUGGAGAUUGUGGAAUGAGGAGAAGGCAUUGGAUUUGAUGGAUCGGACACUAGUUGAAUCUUGUAAUAGAGGUGAAGUUUUAAAAUGCAUAAAUGUUGGGUUCUUGUGUGUACAAGAAGAUCCUAGUGAUCGUCCAAACGUGUCAAAUGUACUUUCCAUGCUCACCAGUGAAGCUGCAACUCCUCUUCCAAAUCCUAAAGAACCAGCUUUUGUUGCAAAGAAGUGGAUUUCUUCCGGACCUUCUUCUUCCUUUGGCAAACCCGAAACAUCCUCUUCUUAUAAUGAGUUGACAGUUUCUACAGAACCCGGCCGAUAAAUAAGAUAGUAUUUUCAUGAAUCUUUACUUCUACAUUUCUGAUAGCAAUUUAGGUGCGAUUAGUUUGUGUAAUGUUAAUUUUAGGAUAAAUUACUAAUGGGUCCUAUUUUUGAGACAUAUUACUCAUUAAGUUUAUCAUUCUCUCUUGUUUUUAUAAAUAAAUUUACAGUAAUAAAUUUAUUAGCAGGACCUGUUGAUAAAUAAGUCUAAUUAAUAAGAUUGAUAGGCAAGUGCCUCCUUAAUUUUAUC